AUGCUCAGGAACUCAUACCAACAUGAAAAGGCAAGUUGCUUUAAUAUAAAAGUGAUUGUUCGCUGUAGACCUCUAAAUGAGAAGGAGAAAAAUGACAUAAAUAACGAAGAAGUUGUAAAAAUAAAUAAUAACGAAGUUAUAGUAACUCUGAGCAGAAACAAUGAGAUAUAUGAGAAGAAAUACAGCUUUGAUUAUGCUUGUGACAAAGAUGUGGAUCAGAGGACUCUCUUUAAUAAUUAUGUCUUCCAAAUAGUCGAUGAGGUUCUUGAAGGAUUUAAUUGCACUCUGUUUUGCUAUGGUCAGACAGGCACUGGAAAAACAUACACAAUGGAAGGAAGAAUUUUGGAACACUUAAAACAUAAUGAAAAUAAGAAGCUUGAUUUGAGUGACAGUAUAAACAGUGAUCUAAACUAUUAUUAUGAGUUGUGCGACAAUGAUGACACAGGAAUAAUUUUCCGUGUUGCUAAAAGAAUUUUCGAUAUUCUGAAUAGUAGAAAGGAAUAUAAAACUACAAGAUUGAGUGAAGUUAGUUGUGAAGAGAAUUGUGCGGCGAAAUGUGAGGCGAAAUGUGAAUCUAAUUUUGAAUCGAAAUGUGAAUCAAAUUGUGAAUCGAAAUGUGAAUCAAAUUGUGAAUCGAAAUGUGAAUCCACUUUUGAAUCGAAAUAUGAAUCCAAUUUUGAAUCGAAAUGUGAAGGAGGCGCACAGGUUGUAAGGCGUAGGAAUAGUUAUUUCUCAAGCGAUGAAAGUUUAAGUAUACCACACAUGGUUAGAAGCAAAGUUGAAAUCACACUUAAUGGGUUUGGAACAUCGGCUCCAUCUAAUGUUAUAGAUUCUAACAUAGAUUCGUGUACGCAAAAGAAUACUCCAUUUGAAGGACAAACAGAAAAGAAAGAUGUGAAAAGUGUAGCAAGUGACAUGUACAAUAUGGAAAAGUGUUCAUAUGAUUUUGUAAUAAAAGUGAGUUAUUUAGAAAUAUAUAACGAAGAAUUAUGUGAUUUGCUAAGCACAGCAAGUGAGUCGAAUAAGCUAAGAAUAUAUGAAGAUACAAUGAAUAAAAAUAAAGGAUUAAAUGUAGAUAAAUUAGAAGAGAAAUGCAUAAAUUCAUUUGAAGAAAUAUAUUAUUUGAUCUGCUCAGCUAUUAAAAAAAGAAGAACUGCUGAAACGUCUUAUAAUAAGAAAUCCAGUAGAAGUCAUUCCAUAUUUACGAUCACUUUAAUUAUGAAAGAUCUUAAUAAUGAUGGGGAAAGCAUAACAAAAAUUGGAAAAUUAAAUUUAGUCGAUUUAGCUGGAAGUGAAAAUGCAUUAAAGAGUUCUUAUGGAAAUUUAAAAAUUAGACAACAAGAAAGUUGUAACAUAAAUCAAUCGCUACUAACAUUAGGUCGAGUUAUUAAUGCACUCAUUGAAAAUUCAUCGUACAUCCCGUAUAGGGAUUCUAAAUUGACCAGACUGUUACAAGAUUCUUUAGGUGGAAAGACAAAAACAUUUAUUGUUGCAACAAUCUCACCAUCGUCUUUGUGUAUUGAUGAAACAUUAAGCACAUUGGAUUAUGUUUUUAGAGCCAAGAAUAUAAAAAAUAGACCUGAGAUUAAUGUUAAAACGACCAAACAGCUGAAAAUAAAAGAUUUAAAUAAUGAAAUUGAAAAAUUAAAAAAUGCACUAAAUUUAAGUAGAGAAAAAAGGGGAGUAUAUUUAGAUAAUGAAGAAUAUAAUAAUAUACAAAAUAGUUUAAAAAAGAAUAAAGAAAUUUUAUUACAAAAAGAGAAAAUUCUAUUUGAAAAAAGUAAAAAAAUUAAAGCAUUAAUAAACAAAAUGGACUAUACUGAUGAUAUACAAAAUCAUAUUGUGCAAUUUUUGAAGGAUAUUCUUUUGAAAUAUAAAAAUAUUCAAAUUGUUCACGAUAUAUUAGUAAACAAAUUAGUAGAAGAAAAAUGUGUUACUCGAUUUCUCCUAUCAGAAUUUAAACAAAUGCAAGAAAAAUAUCAGAACUAUGUUAAUACAUACACACAAACACAGAAGAAAAUUAUUUCCAUAUUUCGAGAAACAAUCUCCACUAUAAAAAGAAAAAAAUGCCAAGAUUAUUCACAUUUUAAUCAUAUUUGUAAUGAUAUCUUGAAAAUAUUAGUGAAUACAAAGGACGAAGUGAUGCAAGGAAAAGAGAUACUUAUCAAAUCGAUUGAAAACAUGGAGCAUAAGAGUACAGAAAUGCUUUCUAGAAAAAAUGAUUUUCUGGAUUUUUUCCAAAAUCAGAUUGGUGUUAUGGAGAAACAAGAUCAAACCCAUUUUUGUCAAAUGGAAAAAAUGAAAAAUGAUUUAUUAACAUGUACAAAGAAAUUAAAUGCAGAUGUGGAGUCCUUCAGUAAUCAUAUUGACCAAAACAAAAUUGCUGAUUUUGUCGUGCAACAGCCAUAUGAUACAUCUGAUGAAUAUUCAUUAAUCAGUAUUAACAAAGAGAAAAAGAAAAUUGCCAAACUGAACACAUCUGUACAAAAUAAGAAGGAAACAAUUAAUAUGCUGAAAAAAUUAGCACCAAAUGAUGAAUCGUUCCAAGUGAUAAAUGAAAUAGACUUUUAUUUAUCAGGAGAAAAAGAAGAAAAUGUCAAAUCGAUAAUUCAAUAUAUGAAGAAUAUAAACAAGUUGUUGCAUAUAUUUUUAACACAUUCGCUUACUGAACUUAAAAAAAAUGUGAAUGAAAAAACAACAAGUUUGAGGAGUAAAAGGGAAUAUGUAAAUCAAUUGAUUGAAAAAUUGCAAAGUGAUUAUAAAUCACAGGAAAAUAAUUUGAAUAAGAGGAAAUGUGAAAUAGCUGAAAGAUAUAAGAAAAUUAUGACAGAUGAUAUCUACCACUUUAAGGAUCGAAUAAUGGAAGAGAUACAUGAGGUUAUCCAAAGAAAUGUGGUUCAAAUUAAUGAAACUAUGGAACGAAAAUUGGAAUUGCUAACUAAUGAAUUGAAUGAAGAAUCGGGAACUAAAUAUAGAGAAAUUUUUACACAUUCCUUGAACACACUUGAACAAUUUAUUCAAAGUUGCAACAAACAGGAUGGAGAGUAUCAUGAUAAAUAUUUUCAAUACACUAACCUGAUGCAUGAGAAAGUAGACACUUAUUAUGAACACUUAUUAGAACACGCGUUCACAGAUAUUAAUUACCAAUUUGCGAAUGAACAAAGCAAAAUAAAUGAAAAAAUCCAAAACAUUAAACAGGUAUAUUUAAAUUUAAUCCAAAAUAAUAAUAAAUGUGUUGAUAAAAUUUCAAUUCUGUUUGAUACUACUAUAGGGAAAAAUAAGAAAGACAAAGAGGCACUUUGUAAUUCUAUGUCCAAAAUGGUUUUACAAGAAAAAAACCAAAUCGCCCAUGGGGAGAAAAAAAAAAAUGAACUGACAUUAAAAUACACGCAAGAUAUCUCUUUAUAUAAUCAACAACACGUGGAGAAUCUAAAGAAAUGCAACACUCAUAUGGAUGCACUUUUGCAGCAUUUUAACAAAAAUGAAGCUGCCCUAAAGGAUGAUGAUGAUGAUAAUCAAACCUUACCCACUUGCGAUGUCCCAGAGAAUCACAUGAAUGAGGAGGAUAUUCAUGUGGAAAUCGAAAAAAUCCGAUCUUUUGCUAAUAUGAAUUCUGCCAUUUUAAGUGACCCAUAUUUGGAGAGGCCAACCUUGGAGAGGCCAACCUUGGAGAGGCCAAAUUUGAACGAAGGAAAUUCCAAUUUUGCCAUAUCCCCAAGGAACGGUUCUGUCAAGCCAGACCUAUCGAAUAAUCACUAUAGAUACAGUGAUAUCCACUAUGAAGAAGUUAAAGGUGAUGUUAUGAAAGAAAUAGAAACCUUUUCAUUUCAGAAAAACAUAGACUUUAAAUGUCUCUUUGACAAAGUGGAUGAAAAUUUAAACCUAAUCCUAAAUGAAAACUAUUUUUUGAAAUACCAAAAGGGAGGAGGAGGGGUCGUCAGUGGCAGUUGUGAACUUUCUAGGAGAAACAGUGGUGGAAGUAUGACACAUGCGAGUGGAAAUCCAAUCCAACAUAUGAACGAAGUGGUGUCAUUAACAGGAGAGUCCAGUUGCACUCACAUGUCAUCCGUAGGGAACAAUAUAGCGAAAGUCACACAUAUCCAAAGUCAGAAGAAAGCAAGAGAAACAAGCUCACAAAUAGAUGCAGAUGUCGAGGGAACCAAUUUGAAAAGUUUAGCUGAAUGUAAUCGGAAGAAUAACAAAAGCAUUGAAAGUUUACAUGGGCGAAAAAUUGGAUUAACAUCGAAUGAGUUAAAAUAUUCAAGCACAAAAAUUAAGGUAUUAGGGAAUAGUGCAAGUUCCAGAAAGAAUUCUCCAGCUCCAAAGAGAUUAAAGGACGAUGGUUACAAAGGUAGGAACUUCAAGUUCAUUCGAAAAUCAGAAGAUUAA